AUGGCAGGAAAUCUGACGGGGAAGAUAUUCACCUUUCCUGUGGAGUCUGACACUGCUCAUGUCGUCUUGGUGCCACUACCAACCCAAAUCAAGACACUGACUGCAGUCACCGUCUGUCUGCGUUUCUUCUCCGACCAAACUAGAGCACAGAGCCUAUUCUCUUUUGCCACUCCAGCCCAUUCAAACGCAUUCCUCCUCUACAAAAGAGUCGACAGCCUGUACGAAAUAAAUGUGUACGACAAUGUGGUGGUAUUCAGGGCAAUGGAGGACAUUCCAAAUCAAUGGAAUUCCGUCUGCGCUACGUGGGAUUCCAACACAGGAAUUGCACAGCUUUGGGUCAACGGCAAACCAAGUGCAAGAAAAGGAGUGCGCCGUGGAUUUACCAUCUCGGGAGAACCCAGUAUCAUCCUGGGUCAAGAACAGGACAGUUAUGGAGGCACAUUUGACAAAACACAGUGUUUUGAGGGAAUGCUCACAGAUGUUCACAUGUGGAAUUCAGUUCUGUCUUAUCCUGAACUUGCUUUGUACAUGAACCAAAUUCCACAGGCACACGAUGGCAAUGUGAUCAACUGGAAGUCACUGGACUUCACCACUAAGGGCUAUGUACUUGUAGAGGACCAAGUCAGUGGUACUGUUGUUUAAAAAAACCCAACAAAACAACCCAGAAUUGUAUUGUUAUAUUUCAUUGAAUCCUAUAAAAUAAGAUCAUCAUUACAUAUUAUCAGUACAAAAUGUGGAUUAUGUUAUUGUAACUGUUGAUUUUACCAUUGUGCCAGCAUGGACUGGUAAUCUGGUUUACAGGGCAUUUCCCAGUGGGCCAACAGUUCUCAGGGGCCAAUGCUGUUGGGAUUACUCUAUUUUGUUAGAGACCAGUCCACAGCACAUUAAAAUAAUAAUAUCACUUUCUGGUCAACAGCAAUUCAUAUAAGAUUAUAAAGCAAUGACCAUCAUCACUGUCCAUUAUAUGUGUUGUGUUUGUCCAAAGCACUGCAUUAAAAGACCAUAUAUUUCACAGCACCUUGUUAUUUGAUUUUUUUAUUUCUUAUCACGCCAU